ACGGUUCUCCCUGGAUCGCUACAAGCCAGGAAAGUUUGAAGACUUCUACAAACUCAUCCUUCACAUUCAUCACAUAGCCAGCCUGGAGGUGAUGAUUGGAUAUGCUGAUGUGCAUGGAGACCUUCUCCCUAUUAAUAAUGACGACAACUUCUUCAAGGCUGUUUCAAGCGCUCACCCGCUGCUCAGGGUUUUCAUACAAAGACAAGAUGAGGUCGACUACAGCAACUUCGGUACCAACACGCUGUCGAGGAAGAAGAAGGCCCUGGUGACGCUGCGCAACGACAACCUGCGCCGGCGGCCGCACCUCAACAUCAGCCUGCCGCACGACUUCCGGCCCGUCUCCUCCAUCAUCGACGUGGACAUCCUUCCCGAAACGCACCGGCGCGUCAGGCUCUACCGGCACGGCUGCGAGAAGCCGCUGGGCUUUUACAUCCGCGACGGCACCAGCGUGAGGGUGACUCCGCACGGCCUGGAGAAGGUGCCCGGGAUCUUCAUCUCCCGCAUGGUGCCCGGGGGCCUGGCGGAGAGCACGGGCUUGCUGGCCGUCAACGACGAGGUCCUGGAGGUCAACGGCAUCGAGGUGGCGGGAAAGACACUCGACCAAGUCACAGACAUGAUGAUCGCCAACAGCCACAACCUCAUCAUCACGGUCAAGCCGGCGAACCAGAGGAACAAUAUUAUUCGAAGCAGUCGGAUGUCUGGCAGCUCCGGGCAGUCUACAGACAGCACCGCCAGCCACCACAGCUUGCCCACGUCCCACGUGCUGCAGAACUUCCACCCCGACGAAAUGGAGAGCGACGAGGAGGCUGACAUUGUCAUCGAGGGCGGACUGGAGCCGCAGCACAUCCCCAAGCUGCACAGCCUCACGUCCAGCAGCCUCUCCCGCCUCAACGGCAGCAGCCUCAGCCACAGGCUUCAAAGGGACCUGGUGCUCAACAACAGCUCCGGCCGAGAAAGCAAUGGCAACAUCCACAAACUCCUCAGUUCCUUAAAAACUGACCCCCGGCACAGCCUGGUGAUCCCCAGGGGGGGCAUCGAGGAGGACGGCACCGUCAUCACGCUCUAGGGGCAGUUCCUGCGGCUCUGCUCUCAGUCUUAAGUGCCAAUUGGGACUCUUGACUCUUGCAACAUGUGGUGCACAGACCGAGGAGAACUGACGCUCUCGCGGGUCUCACAGGUGCAAAGGAUGUUGCUUUUUAGGGAACGUGGCAUCUGGAAUUAGACAUAAAACUGUCCUGCACUGCCGAAUUCAUCAGGGAGGCCAGCGUGCAAAACCUGGUUUAUAUCCCAGCCCUGCAAUAGUUUUGGCUUGUGUAAAUCGAAGCAAUCUUACAGGCUACCAACGGCAGUGCUACAUACUUGGGUUUGAAUGCAUGGGUGGAUGUAUUUAUACAUGCAUGUAUAUAUGAAUUAGGUUUUUAAUAGCAAUAACAGACCUGCCUAUUUGAAGUGGAGUCUGUUUUUCCUCUAAUACCCAUUUAAGCAGAGUGCUUCGAAAUAGCCAUCUGUUUCCUCCCGUUACAUACAGACCUUCCACUAACUGGUUUACACCGCAUUUCCCAUGUUAUGUCUAAUCCAGACAAGCUCCAGAAAAGCAGCAGUUGCCUCCUCUGGUGGAACAAAGCAAGGGGGAUGCUGCAGAUGCAUUUUUUUUUCCCCCAAGCAAAACUGACCAAAUGAAACAUAAAUGAAAUAUAUUUUUUUAAAACCUCAGGAGGGGAGAGUGGUGUACGUUGAUGCUGUUAUUGCUUUGGGACCAGCACCACCAGCUGGUCAGAGGCAGUCCUGCCGGCGACUCACACUUCUACUGGAUGGGCAAAGACAUAGAGACUACCAGGAGGGUAUAAAAAUACAUUCGGCUCCGUAAGUGGGAAGUGCAUUCUUUUUUGAUAUUUAUUAGAUAAUACCUCUUUUUCAAACUGCUGGCUUUCCUAUCAUCUCCUUUUUUUUUCCCUUAAUGUACAUCAUGCAAAUUUUAGGGAUAUAUGUAUAUAAAAGGCCACAGCAAAAGUCUAGUGGAUGUUGGGACUGCGUCUCACACCUCAGAACUGAAACAGAUCCUUGCUGUAUAUUUGGGCAACCUGAAUCCCCAAGGUUUUCCCUUACAGAAGACUGGAUUACUGCAAUAUGUGUGAGGGAUAUUGGGUGAUUUUAAAACCUCACUGAAAAUAGUUUGUUAUUUUUUGAUUCUUACAGUAAUCAAGAA